AUGGAGAAGUCCGCCCCUGUCAGUGAAAGCCUGCCCAGCGGGCCCAGACACGCCUAUCGGCCUCACGGUAGCAACAUCGACAAGAGAACCGCGGUCAAGAUUUUCACCGUCACUCUUGGAUUACUUCUGUACUACGCCUCCAGGUCAUCGUUCAUUUCGCUAGGAGGCAAACCGUCACACCACGAGGAUAACACGGCUUCGGUUGAAGGAGGCUUUGAUUGGCUCGAGAUCCAGCCCCAGGAGCAAUUAGCCUAUCACCCAUGUUUCGGGGGCCUGCAAUGCGCCCGCGUCUCGGUGCCCAUCAACUGGAACGACACCUCGAAUCCUGCGAGGGCCGCCGUCGCCGUCAUCAAAGUCCCGGCCAAGGUCCCCGUGACGGAUCCCCGGUACGGCGGCGCCGUCGUCCUGAACCCCGGCGGGCCCGGGAAUUCCGGCGUCGGCCAGGUGGUCCGCAAAGGCCGCUACAUGCAAACAAUCGUGGACGCGCCGCAUUCCGACCUGUCUCUGGAUGGCCUUUCAGACGGGAAAUACUUUGACAUCAUCGGCUUCGAUUCGCGGGGCGUGAACAACACGACGCCCCAUCUCAAGUGUUUUCCCAACAAGCAGUCCGAAGUGAAUUUUCUGGCUAGCCAGGCCAGUAGCUUCCACUUUGGAAUCUCGGAUACCUACAUCGACCUUGCGUGGGCACAGUAUCGAGCGUUCAGCGAGAGCUGUGCCAACCACCAUGGAGACGAGCCGAAUAUGGCCGAGUUUGUGAACACCGCGCAAGUCGUGGAGGACAUCGUCGCCAUCAUCGAACGUCACGCUCAGUGGAGAGAAAUCGAGGCUCACAAGAUCCUAACCUCGCGCGAAAGCACCAAACUCCCCCACACCGAACGACAAGAGGCUCUGCAGAGAACACGCUGGCAAAAGGGCCACGAGAAACUGAACUACUGGGGCGUCUCUUACGGAAGCAUCCUCGGCCAGACUUUCGCGGCGAUGCACCCCGACCGCGUAUCUCGUGUUCUGAUCGACGGCAUCGCGGACGUCGACGAUUAUUACGCCGCCGAUUGGCUGAAGAACCUCCAGGAUACCGACCAGAUCAUGUUGCAAUGGGCAAUCUACUGCCAGCAAGCACCGGGAGCGUGUCCUCUAGCCCUCCCGGACAAGCCACCAUCGAUCAUCACGGCCCGCAUCGCGCGUCUAACACAGUCGCUGCUUACGGAUCCCAUACCAGUGGCCGGCACCCACGAACAUGGGCCGAUGGUCAUCGGCUACGAGGAUGUAAUGGAUCUUCUGGGUGAUGCCAUGUACAACCAGGCGCUCGUGGAGCCAUACUUUGAGAUUCUGAAGGACCUACAGGAUCGAAAUGCGACGAGCAUCGCCGCUCUCAAGGCAGGCGGAGACUUGUCCCCGGUCUCGAUCAACGACGAAUGUCAAAGGGAUGGACUGUACUCCGAAGCAUGCGUCAGAGAUCAGUCGACCCCAAGCUACCAAUACGCUAUUGCUUGCACUGACGGUCCGGAUCUACGCAACACCACCAAGGCGGAUUUCCGGGAGUACUUCAAAGUGCUCCGUAACCAAAGCGACGUUCUGGGAGCGACUUGGGGCGGCCUUCACAUGAUCUGUAUGAACUGGCAAGCAAGGCCAGCUUGGAGAGUAGAAGGGCCAUGGACGGCGAACACCUCGAACCCGCUCCUCAUCAUCGGAAACACUUAUGAUCCCGUUACACCUCUUAGAAAUGCUCAUCGUGCAUCCACCCUGUUCCCCGGAUCAGUCGUCCUGCAGCAGAACACGGAGGGGCAUGGCUUGCAUGCCGCCCCGUCCAUUUGCACCGGCAGGGCCGUUCGAGCGUAUUUUCAAGACGGGACUCUUCCGAAGAUCGGAACCGUCUGUGAGCCCGAGCAUCGCGCGUGGAUUGGGUGCGUGAACCCGGCCGGAUGUGAUAAUCGGAGUGAAGAAGACCAGCAGCUCUGGGAGUCACUCGUUGCUAUGCGUAAAUAUUACAGAUGA